AUGUCCGCCCAUACGGUCGAAGAAGUUUUGCCCGAAGGCCAUAAGGCUUUGCCUGCUGUCAUGAGACAGGACUUGUCGCAAUAUGACCAUAACAUCCCUGCUACCUUGGUUCUUCCGCGCCUAGUAUUCGCUGCUCCGGCGCAUCUUGAACAAUCGCAAGUCGUUGCAAGCUUAAAGGCCGGCCUUGCAAAUGUACUAUCGAACAUGCCCUUCCUUGGGGGUAAGUUGUACGAGGCCCCAUCGACCAAGAAGCUAUACGUCUUACGGCGAAACCACGAACCUGUCAAAUUCGGUAUCAAUCAUCUCGACACGCCUGAAGCCUCAUUUCCAGACUAUGAGACUCUGGCAGCCCAGCACUUCCCUGGCGAUGUCUUCUCCACAAACAUAUCCAAAGCUGUCAACUUCAUCAAAGGCGGCAUAAUCCUCACCUUGGGCAUGAACCACCUAUACGGCGACGCAAAGAGUAUAGACCACGUCUUCAGCCUCUGCGCCACCAGCACCAAAGCCGCUCUCUCCCACCACCCCCCACCAUCCUUCCACCCCAUCCUCGACCGAAACUACUUCACCGCAACCUCCAUCCCAAGCGCAGAUGAACUCGAGGUCCUGAAGAGGAAUAUCAAGGGCUUCACUUUCAUGAAGAUAGACCCCAGCAACACAGCAAACAGCGACCCCGCUCCCAUCUCCGCCACUAGCACCGAAACCUACCAUUUCUCCUCCGCUGCGGCCUGCCGCCGCCUCAAGGCGGCUCUCACCCCCUCCCCGCCAGGCCUCUACGUCUCCACCUACGACUGCAUCGCGGCGGCGACCUGGCGCGCAAUGACCAAAGCCCGCGCGCCGUACCUCGGCCUCGGCGACGCCUCCACCACCCGCUACAGCCACCCCCGUCGACGUGCGCCGCUUCCCCAGCGUCCCGGACGCCUUCUUCGGCAACGCCUUCUGGAUAGCGCUGACGGAGCCCGUGAAGGUGGGCGCGAUGUUCGGCGCGGACGGGCUCGCGAAGACCGUGCUGGCCGUGCGCAGGUCAAUCCUCGAAGUCUCCGACGCCACGAUCCCGGAUUAUCUGCGCGGGCGAAUGUGAUUGGGACGUCGUGGGAUAGGAUGCGGGUGGAGAGGUAUGAUUUUGGGAUUAUGAGGCCGCGGAAUUUGAGUCUCGCAGUGAGUGUGUUCGAGGGGAUGGUGGCUAUUGUGCCGGCGCUGGGGGAGGAUGGGGACAGGGACGGGUUUCAGGCUUGUGUUGUGUUGGAGAAGGGGUGUUUGGAGAGGAUGAAGGGAGACGAGGAGUUUAGGGGCUCUUUAUACGGAUUAGCUGAACGGGUUUCCAGGUGUGGAAUGGGCAGCUGGGGAAAGCUGCUUGGAGUGCCAGUGUCCUAG